AUGUGGCACUAUGGAUUUAGCCAGGAAGUGUUUGAUCAAGUGCCUGAUAGAAGUGUUGUCUCGUGGAAUGCUAUGAUCAUGGGGUAUGGAUUACUUGGGCAUGGCAAGAAAGCCCCGGAAAUGUUCUUGGAGAUAGAGAAGAGAGGUCCAAUGCCAAAUGAUGCUACCUUUGUUAGCAUAUUAUCUGCUUGCACACAUUCCGGAAUGGUUUUGGAAGGUCAGUGGUGUUUCAACCUGAUGUCCCGGGUUUACAAUAACCAACCUAAGGUGGAGCACUAUGGUUUCAUGGUCGAUCUUCUUGCUUGGGCUGGGUUGGUGAAGGAUUCAGGAGAGUUGAUUGAAGAAGUACCUAUAGAGGCAAGAUCUUCACUAUGGGAUGCUCUGCUUUCUGCCUGUAGGACCCAUUCUCACAUGGAACUAGGAGAGAUGGUGGCCAAGCGUUCGAUCGAGUUAGAACCAACAGAUGUUGGGCCCUAUGUGCUAUUGUCAAACAUGUAUGCAACCGACGGUAAUUGGGAUGCCGUCGAGAAUGUCAAGAUGAUGAUGAAGGCAAAGGGUUUGCAAAAGGAAGUCGAAUCCAGCCUCAUUCAACUUGGAGGCGUCGAAUCUACAGAGUCCACAAAAGAUGGCAAGGCCCAGUAG